CUUGUCUCGAUGCCCAGAACCAGCCUAGAGCAGGAAGCAGUGUGACGGAGUGUGUAUCUGAGCUGCAGCAGUGUCAGAGCCUUCACUUUACUGCGGAACAUCUUCCAGAACCAGUCACAGGACAAGCAGGAUGAUACUGGGAAAUCAGAGCCGCCAAUGAAGCGCUGGAAAGGCUCGCCGUGUGAUGUCGACUCCUGGGUCGCCCUUCCAGUCCUGUCAGAUGAGCAGUCACAGGAUGUCGAGCUGGUGGAGGUGUUCGCUGCGCCCAUCCUCGACAAGAAGGAGACAUCUCGGCUUGUCAGGGAAUUGAACAGCCUCUGCCCGCUGAGCGGCCUUCAGCACGUUAAGAGGGUGCGGCCGUGCAGGGAGAAAACCCACCCCCUGGAAGUCCUCGUGUGCCUCGUCAGUGAUGUGCCACAAAUGCAGGUGGUUAGUAUUGACUCUCUGCUGCCCUCAGGUGGAGUAAACUGCAAUGGGUUGGGUGAGCCUUUUGUGGUUAAGGUUCCCGCCCGUGCCCCUUUGACCCGACCCCAGUUUGAGUUAGCGAGCCAACACUGGCCCACGUCCUUUCAUGAGGACAAGCAGGUGACAGUCGCCCUGAGAGGAGAGCUCUUCAGCCGCCAUCAGAAGGAAAGGAUGCACGCCUACAUGGUGUCCGCUGUGACUGCAGCCCGAGAUGGAGGCAUGGCGGGGAUGGAGGCCAUCGGGGCUGUGUUGGUUGACCCAAAGACAGAGAGGAUCAUCGCAGUCGGCCACGACUGCAGACGCAAGCACCCUCUUCAUCAUGCUGUCAUGGUCGUCAUUGACCUUGUAGCUCGGAGUCAGGGUGGUGGGGUUUAUGGUUUUGACAGUUACCCCGCCUGCAGGUUUACUUCGGCGAGCUCAGUUCAGACGGAGGCCCAGACGGAGAACGGCACUCAGCCGUACAUUUGCACUGGGUACGACCUUUAUGUGACCAGGGAACCUUGUGUGAUGUGUGCCAUGGCCCUGGUUCACUCUCGGAUCGGUAGGGUUUUCUACGGAGUCGCUUCAGCUGACGGGGCGUUAGGGUCAAAGUUCAAAAUCCACACUCAGAAAGAUCUGAACCAUCGAUUCGAGGUGUACAGAGGAGUUCUAAGCAGGGAGUGUGAGGAUCUAAACAGCAUGAAUGACCACAUCAAAAAGGACCGAGGAGAAUGAAGCCAACUGUUUAUUACACCUUGGAAAUGAAUUUCAAACUCAGACACAAAAGAGAAGCCAGCUACAUUUUCUCUAACAGCCUGCAGCAACUCUUUCUGAUCCUGUAGAAGUCUAUGAGAAGACAGCCACGUCUCCCUUUGGUUUGUCAGCUCCGAAAACAUGUUCCUGAUGAGUUAAAUCAAACAUUCAGUCCAGUUAAAUUAUGAUCAUGACUGGAGUCAGAAAUGAGGAUUAAUCAGGACAUGCUCGUUAUAUAAAGACCUGUUAAUCACAAGUCUGUAAAAUGUUAUUGCAAACCUUGUUUUAUUUUUUAAGCUGAGAUAAACUUCAACAUCUA